AUGGAAGUCUCUUCUGGUGACCUUGAAGUUAAGUCUCCAGCUGACAAGUUCUUUAGAUCUGUCACCGACGACAUAAACGGCCCUUUUGAUAACAUAGAGGAUAAGAUGGAGACGAUGAAUUUGGAGGAUAGAACAUUGACGAUGAGAAUGAGUGGCUGUCUAAUCUCGGAAAGUUACAAGACGGUCAAAGCAACCAUCACGGUCAGUCCUAAGGAAGAUGGGGAAGGUAGCCGCGUGGCGUGGAGGGUUGAGUUCGAGAAGAUUCGUCAUGACAUCGAAGAUCCACUCUUGAUAAUCGACACUCUUAUCGACGUUCUUGUCAAUUACUUAAAGGAGACCGAUGGAAAUCUCCUUCAAUAA